UGACUGAUUCGACUUCCGCUCCCUAAAGCCUAAACCCUCCUCCACGUCACCCACGUCCUCCCUAAUUGGUAAUCGCCCCCUCCCCUCUGGCCCUUUCCCAUCUCGCCGCCGCGCCGCCAAGCCUCUCCGCGCCAUGGCGACCAGCUCCACCGCGGCCUCCUCCUCCAUCUCCCUCCUCUUCUCCCACCCCAAUUCCCGCCACUCAUCCGCCCACAGGCCCUUCCCGGGCUCCCACCUCCGCCUCCCGCGCCGUGCGCGCUGCUCCUCCUCCGAUGCCGCCGCCCCCGCCUCCUCCGCGACGGCCACUAAGCACCGCCGCCCCGCGGAGGAGAACAUCCGGGAGGAGGCGGCGCGCAUCCGAGGCCCCGCCAACGAUUUCUCGGCGUGGUACGUGCCGUUUCCCCCGACGCCCGGCGGCGACCCCGACGAGCGCUAUUCGCUCGACGAGGUCGUCUACCGCUCUAGCUCCGGCGGCCUGCUCGACGUACGCCAUGACAUGGAGGCGCUCGCGCGCUUCCCGGGCUCCUACUGGCGCGACCUCUUCGACUCCCGCGUCGGCCGCACCGCUUGGCCCUACGGCUCCGGCGUCUGGUCCAAGAAGGAGUUCGUGCUCCCGGAGAUCGACUCCGACCACAUCGUCUCUCUCUUCGAGGGCAAUUCCAACCUCUUCUGGGCGGAGCGCCUCGGCCGCGAGCACCUCGGCGGGAUGAACGACCUCUGGGUCAAGCACUGCGGCAUUUCCCACACCGGCUCCUUCAAGGACCUCGGCAUGACCGUGCUCGUCAGCCAGGUCAACCGCCUCCGCCGCAAGUCGCUCUCGCGCCCAAUCGCAGGCGUCGGAUGCGCCUCCACGGGCGACACCUCCGCCGCGCUCUCCGCGUACUGCGCAGCCGCGGGCAUCCCCGCCAUCGUGUUCCUGCCCGCCGAUCGCAUCUCGCUGCAGCAGCUCAUCCAGCCGAUUGCCAACGGCGCCACCGUGCUCUCGCUGGACACGGACUUCGAUGGCUGCAUGAGACUCAUCAGGGAGGUGACUGCGGAGCUGCCGAUUUACCUUGCCAACUCACUCAACUCGCUUCGGCUCGAGGGGCAGAAGACGGCGGCCAUCGAGAUAUUGCAGCAGUUCAAUUGGCAGGUGCCGGAUUGGAUCAUUGUUCCAGGAGGCAAUCUCGGGAAUAUCUAUGCGUUCUACAAGGGAUUUGAGAUGUGCCGUGUUCUUGGACUUGUUGAUCGUGUGCCGCGGCUUGUCUGUGCACAGGCUGCAAAUGCAAAUCCAUUGUACCAGUACUACAAGUCAGGGUGGACUGAGUUCCAGCCACUGGUUGCUGAAACUACAUUUGCAUCUGCAAUACAAAUUGGUGACCCGGUAUCUGUUGAUCGUGCGGUGGUCGCACUGAAGGCAACUGAUGGUAUCGUAGAGGAAGCUACAGAGGAGGAGCUCAUGGAUGCAAUGGCGCUUGCUGACCGCACUGGCAUGUUUGCCUGCCCACAUACUGGGGUUGCACUUGCUGCUCUGUUUAAGCUCCGGGAUCAGCGUAUAAUUGGGCCUAAUGACCGCACAGUGGUUGUUAGCACAGCGCAUGGUCUAAAGUUCACGCAGUCAAAGAUCGACUACCAUGACAAAAACAUCAAGGACAUGUUGUGCCAGUAUGCUAAUCCACCGAUCAAUGUAAAGGCUGAGUUUGGUUCUGUGAUGGAUGUUCUCCAGAAGAAUCUCAAUGGGCCAUACACUCCGGCUGCUAUCCUUGCGAGAUUUCUUGGAUGCAUCCAUUGGGAAAGUCUUGAAGCUGAGGAGCAAGAUUGCUUCCACAACAUCAGCUAUUAAAUCAGUAUUUGGACAAGAGGUUCGACAGCAGGAUGCAGCCAACAAAUUGGAGCAACUCGGAGAAGGGAUGGUCAAAGUGCGAGAGCUUUUUCGUGACACGGAAUCAACAGAGUUUAUAAUCGUGACAAUCCCAACGUAACAAUUGUGUGCCUAACUCUCCAGCUCCCUUGUAUAUGCAUGUCUCCAUAAGGUAUACUCUUCCCUUUCCUUUUGGUUUGACAUUUUCAGGUGAUGGCAAUCAGUGAAUCAUCGAGAUUGAAAGUGUUCCUGUAAGGAGACUCGUUGUCAACCAAGUUCACCUUCAACAUCAGACUGUAAAUUUUGUGCUAUAAAAAGAAAGGUACAAACUGAUUAGAUUUUCAUUGAAUUUCUUGUUCUUGUAAGAACUACCUACCUGCAGGGGCAUUUAUCUAUUUUCCUUCACACAUGAUCAAACAUGUGCUUUGGACAUGAUAAGGAAUGAUCCAGAAUUGAUGGGGUCGAACAUUAUCCAAGCACCUCUUGUGGACAUGGAGAUUAGAGGUGUUCCUGCUCUCAAGUUUUUGGGUGAUAUAGUGUGGCAGUAACUUCAGUAGGAAAAGUAGGAUCACUUCAGGGUGCUUAAUAGCUUAAUACCGCUGUUAGCCUGUUGAGUGCUACACUGUUGAACUGCUUUGCAAACUGUGGAACUUGCUAUCAGCUUGGGCAGUUCUUUAUAGAUAGAAUUCAGGUAGCAUAUUCUCAUACCUUAAAUCUGAGUGGAUGGCCUCAAAAUGUAGGGAUUUGAUGCACUAGCAUAUGGUGAAUUGUUACACUUAGCAGCUAUGCCGGAUUGGAUAUAGUUAGAAACAUGCCAAUUGAGCCCAAAUGGCGUAGUAUUACUGCUGCUGUAAUAGAUCAAGCUUAUCUUUUGAUACCAAUGGGUACUCAGCUCCUUACUAAA